AUGGCUUGCAGCCUGCAGCUGCAAUUUGAUCUGUCAUGGUGGAAGGGAGAUGCCGAGGUGCCAAGAGGCCAAAGGUUGGCUCUUUCUUUUCCCCUUCUUCAAAAUCUUCCUCCAUUUUCUCUCCAAUUCAUUUUUCAUUCAUUUUUUCUUCAUUCCUUUCUUUCAUCACACAUUUUUCAUUCUUUUUCUUCAUUCUUUUCUUUCAUCACACAUUUUUCAUUCAUUUUUUCUUCAUUCUUUUCUUUCAUCACACAUUUUUCAUUCUUUUUUCUUCAUUCUUUUCUUUCAUCACACAUUUUUCAUUAUUUUUUCUUCAUUCUUUUCUUUCAUCACACAUUUUCAUUCUUUUUUUCAUUCUUUUCUUUCAUCACUCUUAAAUUUUUUUUUCAUUCUUUUUCUUCAUUCUUUUCUUUCAUCACAUUUUCAUUUUUUUUUUCUUCAUUCUUUUCUUUCAUCACACAUUUUCAUUCUUUUUCUUCAUUCUUUUCUUUCAUCACACAUUUUUCAUUCUUUUCUUCAUAUUUUUUCUUUCAUCACACAUUUUUCAUUCUUUUUCUUCAUUCUUUUCUUUCAUCACACAUUUUUCAUUCUUUUUCUUCAUUCUUUUCUUUCAUCACACAUUUUUCAUUCUUUUUCUUCAUUCUUUUCUUUCAUCACACAUUUUUCAUUCUUUUUCUUCAUUCUUUUCUUUCAUCACACAUUUUUCAUUCUUUUUCUUCAUUCUUUUCUUUCAUCACACAUUUUUCAUUCUUUUUCUUCAUCCUUUUCUUUAAUCACACAUUUUUCAUUCAUUUUGUUUUUCUUCAUUCUUUUCUUUCAUCACACAUUUUUCAUUCUUUUUCUUCAUUCUUUUCUUUCAUCACACAUUUUUCAUUCUUUUUCUUCAUCCUUUUCUUUAAUCACACAUUUUUCAUUCAUUUUGUUUUUCUUCAUUCUUUUCUUUCAUCAAAUAUUUUUCAUUCUUUUUGUUCUUUGUCAAAAUUUUUCUGUUUUUCAUUCAUUUUCUUUCCAAUGAUUCCUUUUUCAGUGCCUUUUCUUCCCAUUUUUCUCCUUCCUAUUUCUUUCUUUUAUUCUACAUUUUCUUUCUUUCUUUCUUUCUUUCAUUAUCCUAACCUUUAUUUUAUUCAUUUUACCUUCUUUCUCCUUCAUACUCACCUCAUAUUUUCAUUCAUUUCUCCUUCACUCAUAGAAUUCACUUCUGGCUCCAUGACUUUCAGUCAACUUUAA